GAGGGCGCCCGCCCCGCUCCCGGCCCGGCUGCGAGGAGGAGGCGGCGGCGGCGCAGGAGGAUGUACUUGGUGGCGGGGGGCAGGGGGCUGGCCGGCUGCGGGCACCUCCUGGUCUCGCUGCUGGGGCUGUUGCUGCUGCUGGCGCGCUCCGGCACCCGGGCGCUGGUCUGCCUGCCCUGCGACGAGUCCAAGUGCGAAGAGCCCAGGAGCUGCCCCGGGAGCAUCGUGCAGGGCGUCUGCGGCUGCUGCUACAUGUGCGCCCGCCAGAGGAACGAGAGCUGCGGCGGCGCCUACGGGCUCCACGGAGCCUGCGACCGGGGGCUGCGCUGUGUCAUCCGCCCCCCGCUCAAUGGCGACUCCAUCACCGAGUACGAAGUGGGCGUCUGCGAAGAUGAGAACUGGGAUGAUGACCAACUGCUUGGUUUUGAACCAUGCAAUGAAAACCUUGUCUCUGGCUGCAAUAUAAUCAAUGGGAAAUGUGAGUGUGACACCAUUCGAACCUGUAACAAUCCCUUUGAGUUUCCAAGGAAGGAUAUGUGCCUUUCAGCUUUAAAGAGGAUUGAAGAAGAGAAGCCAGAUUGCUCCAAGGCCCGCUGUGAAGUCCAGUUCUCUCCGCGUUGUCCUGAAGACUCCGUUCUGAUCGAGGGUUACGCGCCCCCCGGGGAGUGCUGCCCCCUCCCCAGCCGCUGCGUGUGCGACCCCGCGGGCUGCCUGCGGAAAGUCUGCCAGCCAGGAUACCUGAACAUACUUGUGUCCAAAGCCUCAGGGAAGCCGGGAGAGUGCUGUGACCUCUAUGAGUGCAAACCAGUUUUCAGCGUGGACUGCAGCACUGUGGAGUGUCCCUCCGUUCAGCAGGCCGUGUGCCCCCUGGACAGCUAUGAAACUCAAGUCAGACUCACAGCGGAUGGUUGCUGCACCCUGCCAACAAGAUGCGAGUGUCUCUCUGGCUUAUGUGGUUUCCCCGUGUGUGAGGUGGGAUCCACUCCCCGCAUAGUCUCUCGUGGAGAUGGGACACCUGGAAAGUGCUGUGAUGUCUUUGAAUGUGUUAAUGAAACAAAGCCAGCCUGUGUAUUCAACAAUGUGGAGUAUAGCGAUGGGGAUAUGUUUCGAAUGGACAACUGUCGGUUCUGUCGAUGCCAAGGGGGUGUUUCCAUCUGCUUCGCCGCCCAGUGUGGUGAGCUGAACUGCGAGAGAUACUAUGUGCCCGAAGGGGAGUGCUGCCCUGUGUGUGAAGAUCCCGUGUAUCCUUUCAAUAAUCCCGCUGGCUGCUAUGCCAAUGGUCAGAUCCGUGCCCACGGGGACCGGUGGCGGGAGGACGACUGCACGUUCUGCCAGUGCAUCAACGGAGAACCCCACUGUGUCGCGACAGCCUGCGGACAGAGCUGCAUGAACCCCGUCAAAGUGCCUGGGGAGUGUUGCCCUGUGUGUGAAGAACCAACCUACAUCACAAUUGAUCCACCUGCGUGUGGAGAGUCAUCAAACUGCACCCUGACAGAGAAGGACUGCAUUUAUGGUUUCAAACUUGAUCACAGUGGUUGUCGAACUUGUCAGUGCAAAAACAGGGAGGAACUUUGCACGGGCCUCAAACGAGGCUGCACCUUGGACUGCCCCUUCGGCUUCCUAACCGAUGCCCACAACUGUGAGAUCUGUCAGUGCCGCCCACGCCCCAAGAAGUGCAGACUCAUAAUCUGUGACAAGUAUUGUCCAUUUGGAUAUCUGAAGAAUAAGCAUGGCUGUGACAUCUGUCGUUGUAAGAAAUGCCCAGAGCUCCCAUGCAGUAAGAUCUGCCCCUUGGGUUUCCAGCAGGACAGUCGUGGCUGUCUUAUCUGCAAGUGCAGAGAGGUCCCUGCUGCAGCCGGGCCACCCGUCCUGUCAGGCACAUGUCUGUCCAUGGAUGGUCAUCAUCAUAAAAAUGAGGAAAGCUGGCAUGAUGGGUGCCGGGAAUGCUACUGUCACAGUGGACGGGAAAUGUGUGCUCUGAUCACCUGCCCGGUGCCUGCCUGUGGCAACCCCACCAUUCAUCCGGGACAGUGCUGCCCGUCAUGUUCAGAUGACUUUGUGGUGCAGAAGCCGGAGCUCAGCACCCCCUCCAUUUGCCAUGCCCCUGGGGGAGAGUACUUUGUGGAAGGAGAAACAUGGCACAUUGACACCUGUACUCAGUGCACCUGCCACAGCGGGCGGGUGCUGUGUGAGACAGAGGUGUGCCCACCACUGCUCUGCCAGAACCCCACACGCACCCAGGACUCCUGUUGCCCACAGUGUCCAGAUGAACCUCUCCAGCCUUCCUCAUCCCAUAAUGACAGCGUGCCUAGUUACUGCAAAAAUGAUGAAGGGGAUAUAUUCCUGGCAGCGGAGUCCUGGAAGCCGGAUGUGUGUACCAGCUGUGUGUGCAUAGAUAGCGUGAUUAGCUGUUACUCUGAGUCCUGCCCUUCAGUAUCCUGUGAAAGACCUGUGUUGAGAAAAGGCCAGUGUUGUCCCUACUGCAUAGAGGACACAAUCCCAAAGAAGGUGGUGUGCCACUUCAGCGGGAAGGCCUACGCUGAUGAGGAGCGCUGGGACAUUGACAGCUGCACACACUGCUACUGCCUGCAGGGCCAGACCCUCUGCUCGACCGUCAGCUGCCCCCCGCUGCCCUGCGUCGAGCCCAUCAACGUGGAAGGGAGCUGCUGCCCAAUGUGCCCAGAAAUGUAUGUCCCGGAACCAACUAAUAUACCCAUUGAGAAGACAAAUCAUCGUGGAGAGACUGACCUGGAGGUCCCCCUGUGGCCCACACCUAGUGAAAAUGACAUUAUCCAUAUCCCCAGAGACAUGGGUCCCCUCCAGGUAGAUUACAGAGAUAAUAACAGGCUGCACUCAGGAGAAGAUUCUUCGCUGGACUCCAUUGCCUCAGUUGUGGUUCCCAUAAUAAUAGGCCUCUCUAUUAUAAUAGCAUUCCUGUUCAUCAAUCAGAAGAAACAGUGGAUACCACUGCUUUGCUGGUAUCGAACACCAACUAAGCCUUCUUCUUUAAAUAAUCAGCUGGUAUCUGUGGACUGCAAGAAAGGAACCCGAGUCCAGGUGGACGGUUCCCAGAGAACGCUGAGAAUCGCAGAACCAGACGACAGAUUCAGUGGCUUAUACAGCAUGCAAAAACAGAACCACCUACAGGCAGACAAUUUCUACCAAACGGUGUGA